AUGUCUUCCUCGUCACCGCUACCUCCACCACACCUUCGAAAGCCGCUCGAUAGCCAGAAAGGCGCGGGUGGUGAUAUGUCUAUGAUGUUCUUCGUCCAGCCCGACUGCCCUCGAGAUUUCCCCAUCAGGACGAGCAUCGCGUUAGAGGUCUCAACGCCGAGACCAUUGCCCGCAUCUUUUGCCACCUCCUUCAUGGUUGCUCACCGCGGAAUAUGCGCCGCUCCGAUUGGAUACCGACGACUCGCCGACAUCCAUCUUCUUCAGUCUCAAUCUCUAUUUACAACCAGCCUGUUAUCGCCUCCGAAUGGUCUGAGGAAUGGUUUUUAUGAACGGCCGCGUCCACCCUACGCCCUUGCCUGGGAGGUUAAGCAGCGCGACGGCCUAGAGUCUGAAACUGGCGACACCCUUAUCUACACCAUGCCCGCCCUCGUCGUCCGCGACCAGGGUUACCAGCCCAUCCUCCCUAGACUCUUCGCCUCUAUGGAUAACUUCCCUUGCAUCCCGCCUAUCGUUUCCUUCACCGGCUUCAUCCUUGGCCCGGGUCACUCCCUGCUACGACAAGACCUUCUGCCAGACCUAGACGCCGCCCAGCUAAAUUGCUGCGGCUUCGUCCAGCUCUCUACGUAUCUAGCUCCUGGCAUUCCCGACAAGAUCCCUUUCAGAGGCUUCCACCAAUUCGAGAAGAUGGCCGAGAGGAAGGACUCUUACUUUCAGCCCAGCAUCCCCUUUACCUGCACAGGCAAAGUUGCUGGCCUGCUCAGUCACCGCGUCAUGAUUCAUCCCCCAGGCUCCGACCGAGACUAUGUCUUUAUCGUCGUCCCGGAUUCUUGGACUUUUCUCGAUAAGGCCACCAGCACUGCGGCUGCCUCGUCCUCGGCUAUCUCGACACCACUAAAGGAAAAACCGUCCUCCGCUUCGGCCGCUUUCCGGGAUAUACUCGCUGCCUCUUACUCCGUGGCAACACCUGAGACCGCGCCUGACGACCCCGAAACCUUCGUCUUCUACCGAUACUGGGGGCUCUGCUACCCGAUCCUGCUCCCUCUUAGCGGCUUCCCAUAUUAG